AUGUGCAGGCUUUUAUUUUGACGUGUCGGGCGGUGCAGCGCACCGGGAGCGUAGAAGAAGAAGCGGAGUGUUUGUUGUGGUUUCUGCUGCUGCGGUCUCACCUGGAGGACAACCAGUCUUAACCAGGAACACAAACUUACCUGUAAGGUCAAAGGUCAUCUCCUCCGCCGCCUCAGCAUGGCUCUGAUCUCUCUGGAAGACCUCGACGGAUUGGACGACGAGCAGCUGGACGAUGACAUCACCGACAACCCCGAGCCAAUGGAAGAGGACGACCGGCUGCUGAGGCACUGGCAGGCCGUCGCCAGCACACACCAGGUGUCUGUACCUGCAGAAAUGACCGGGCCCAUACAUGAGAUGGCGAGAAACAGCCAGCAGAAGGAGACGGUCCCCUUUGCUUCGGUAUCCCGCCAUGAAAAGAUGGGGGAGGUCCAGUAUGAAGAGCGGGUGUAUCCUGCGGGUAACUGGGCGUGUGUGACAAGGGGGGAGGAGCUCUACGAGCAGAGCAUCUCUAUGGCCUUCAUGAAGCUGAUGAGGUUCAUCUGCAAGGACAACUCCAAAGGCAGGUACCUGGGGAUGACGGUCCCCGUGAUCAGUCACAUCCACAUAAUGGGGGACAAGAAGACGUUUCAGAAGGAAGUCCUGACGGCGUACUACCUGCCUGCUGAGUUCCAGUCCGACCCCCCUCAACCCUCGGACCCCGACAUCACCAUCGUCCACCGAGAGCCCUUCAGAGUCGUCAGCAGGCUGUUCUUAGGGACGACCACGGAGGAGACGGUGACGCGUCAGAUCGAGGAGUUGUGGGAGAUUCUGGGCUCGACCGACGACCUGAUGACAGAGGACUACAUGGUCGCCGUAUACGAGAACCCGGGUGUCCCCCGCCGCCGUAACGAGAUGUGGUUCAUCAGGCGCAACCUGUAGAGGCAUCCCAUCAUGCUCCGCUCCAUGUUACCUUCCUCUGAUUGGGCGCUUAGUACCUGCUCAGUCACACACCUUCAGCAUGAACAACAAACCAAUCACAGCAGGUCCUAAGCCCCGCCCACUGCAGCUACACAUCAUCGCCAUCUGUUUAAGCUCCAUCCAAUCAGGUGUCACUGUAGGUGACCAGGUGUGGUCACAUGAUUAACCCCCUGUGAUGUCACUGAUGCAGGUAAAUGUUAUACUGAGUCACCUUUAGAGAACACCUGAGACCGUCCACAUCAUCACACCUGGUGACCUUCAGCCACCCGUCCUCUCGAACCCGUCACUCUCAGCCUGAUCCACUAUAAGUGUGCUCAGAAAGGGGCGGAGCUACCCACAUCUGACCAAUCACAGACCUACCAGCCGACCGUCAUGUUUUAUAAACUCUGAUCAAACUAGAAAUAUGAAGUCUGACAUCAUCACAGCAGCAGGAGGCGGAGCUUAUCCCUCUGCGCAGGUACUUCCUGUUCCCGAGGUGCAGCUCUGAUUUAACGCUCAGGUGUCUCACACCUGAGGACGCCGAGACGAGACUCCACCUCGUUAACCUCGUUAAGAACGUCUCUGAUGUUCACCUGCUGAGAGAUGAUGUCACAGAUCCUAACCAAUAACUGAUAACCAUGUUUCACCAAUAAAGUCCACCCUCUCUCUCUCCUCCGCUCCCUGCACUCUGAUUGGUCAGUGGGUGGAGUCCAUCUCUGUUCCUGAACAUUACCUGUCCUGGUGCCUGAAUAUACCCUUAGCUCACCUCCACAAACCCUCCGUCAUGUUCCGAUCAGGUGGGCUGACACACCUGUGCAGGGGUCAAAGGUCAAACUCUGUGCCCUCAGUUAAAUCCUCCUUUUGUGUCUGCUGUAAAUAUGAAGCUGGUUAGCUUAGCUUAGCAUAUAAACACUAGGAGAUAAUAUAAGCAGCUAGCAUAGCAAGAAACUAACAGGUGAACCUGAUGACGUUAGCUUAAAUGCUAACAGGUGAUUUUUUGUACAGUUUGUUUUUAUAUAGAUCAGAAUCAAACAUCAGGUAAUGAUUGACAGGUGAGGCUGUUAGCCCCGCCUCCAGGUGUUUGUUUUCCUGUUCGUCCCUCUCUGAUGUUAAACUGAACUGAACGGUGUUGUGGGUUUUUUGGUGCAUGUUUUUAUUACGAUCUACUUCCUGUUCCUUCAAAAUGCUUUCUAUCAAUCGUUUUUAAUGUGUGUAAAAACAUUAAAGUCUCACUUCAGACAACCAA